AAUGAAUUCAUUCUUGUUUUACGAUCCUCACUUCCUUCUUUAAUAAUAGCUCUUGUAUCAAUAGCUAGUCUAAUACAAUUCCAUGUUGGCUUUAAGGUAAAUAGUUUAAUGAACUUUGUUUAGAAAUACUUAUUCCAUGUCAUAAUCAUCAAGUCCUUAAAUUUAGCCAAAAUCUCCUCAAGAAUGCCCUACUAUAGAUUAAAAUACCAUAAAAAAUGAUGAAACUAUAGAUGAUCAAAGCUCAUUUGAACUUUCUAAAAGUAACAAAAUAAAAAAACUCAUCAAAAAAACUAAAGAAGCAAAGUCAAAUAAGUCUAAUCCUUCUCAGAAUAAUGAAAAAAAAAAGAUAUUUCUUUCAAUGAAAGACAUUAAGGACGUCCAAUAUAAAAAGUAAAAUAUGUCAUCAUUUUAGAUUUAAACUUGUUCAAGAAGAAUAGAUUCAAGAAGGUUUAACAAAUCUAGAGUAGAAGAAAUGA